AUGGUGAUGACCAUUACGGAAGAUCUUGACCUACUUGGCCGCCGCGAUAUCGACAUCAAUUACGACUGGACACAGCAUGUGGGUACUUAUCCGGAACUCCGAGACGGCUACUGGAAAGACCUUAUCGCUAGCCACCCCAUGGCCAACGAUGUGGAGGUCCUUGGCCCUCACUGGCGUAAUACGCUGAAUACGCAACAACGGCUCGUGUACGACACAUUCAUGGGCCACUUCCAGGCGCAAAAUCCUGCUCAAAUCCUUCUCCACGUUGAUGGUGGUGGUGGCACAGCCGCCCUACCGAAUCCUAGCCCUAUAUGCCGCGUGGCGCCAACAGGCGUUGCGAGUAACCAGAUACAGGGCAGCACCAUUCAUUCGUUGCUGCGCCUCCCAGUAGGCGGUACUUUCACCGACCUUCCCCCGGCCGACGCAGCCGCCCUUCAGUCCCGCCUACGGCACAUCAAAUACCUCGUUAUCGAUGAAAAGAGCAUGCUAGGGCUUGAGCAGCUCGCGCGGAUCGAUUCCCGUUUGCGACAAGCCUUUCCACAGCGUAACCUCGAGUUCUUUGGUGGUCGCCAGGCUGGUGAUGAUCAGGCCCAGUUCCGUCAGGCGUUGCAGGAACUGCGUGAUGCCAGGCUACCGCGGAGCGAGCUUGACGGCUUCAGGACCGCUUUGCGAGUGUAUUCUACAAAGGCACGGGUCAACCAAUACAACCACGAGCAUAUGGUGCAUCUCAACGCCCCGGCAAUACAAGUGGAGGCAAAGAAUCACGGCAACGGCGCUGGGCAGGCACCAAGCAACAAUGCUGGCAAUCUAUCUAACAAGUUCCCUGUUGCUAAGGGCACCAGGGUGAUGCUCACGACUAAUCUGUGGCAAUCAGCUGGCCUAGUUAACGGUGCUCAGGACCCCCCAGCCGUUAUUAUGGUGGACUUUGAUAGCUACGACGGACCGCCGUAUCUAACAACUAACGAGGGCAGGAAAAUCUCACCCCAUCCUGCCAGUCAGGCGGGACUUCCUUUUACUGAUCUCGCUACACGCGACUUCCAGGCCGGUAUUAGCUAUGUUGCCGUCUCACGGGUUACCUCGCUCCAAGGCUUACUCCUUGAGGCGCCGUUCGAUCGUCAGAGCCUCUAUAACCACACGCCGACGGAAGGGAUGAAGAUGCGCCUCGCUGACCAACAACGGCGUCAGGGUCAACAGCUGAGCGAUCCACUGUAUCCACCACUCUACCGUGACUAA